UGGACCAAUGAAAUCACAAGCUUACAGUCUUCAGCAGUUUCCGGUUUCAGCUCUCUCUCUUCCGGAUUUAUUCUUAGCGUGACCGACGUUUCGUGUCUGUUUAGACUUAAAAAUGCGUUACGUGGCCGCUUACCUCCUGGCUGUGCUCGGUGGAAACACCAGCCCGUCUUCAAAGGACAUCAAGGACAUCUUGGGCAGCGUGGGAAUCGAAGCAGAGGACGAACGCCUGAACAAAGUACGCCGUUUAACGCCUUAUUGUGCAAGACAAAAACUUGACAUUUUUAGUGCUGAAGGUGGAUCUUGUAUUUCUCUGCAGGUCAUAAGUGAACUUAAUGGAAAAGACAUCAAUGAAGUCAUGAACUCAGGCCUCUCUAAGUUAGCCUCCGUGCCAGCAGGAGGUGCUGUGGCGGCACCUGUGGCAGCCGUGGCGGCGGCUGGGGCCGCGCCUGCUGUUGCGGAAGAGAAAAAGGAGGAGAAGAAAGAGGAGUCAGAAGAAUCAGACGAAGAUAUGGGCUUUGGACUCUUUGAUUAAUCUGCGUUGUUUUGAAAAGCAAUAAAAAUGUAAAAGGUUUACACACAA